AUGGCAUCUCUUUUCAACAAAUUUCAGCAGGCUGUUGGAGUUCUUGCCAAGAGUACCACAUUUGCUAAGAACCCUAGGCAACUGCAAUUUGAAGCAGACAUCAACAAACUGUUUAUGUAUACAAGUUAUAAUCGGUUGGGACGAGAAGCUGAGGAGACGGAUGCAGAAGAGAUAAUUGAGAUGGCUGGUAAAACCUCUUUAUCGGAGCAGCAGAAGCAAGUUCAAGAGAACAUUCACUACCAAGUUGAAAACUUCUGCUCUUUAAUGGAUCGAAUCCUUCUUCCUGAUGUUGACAAAAACGAGUCGGGAUCACAAUCGACAAGCCCUCCUCGUCGUCAAAGCGGUCUUACUUUCGCCAUUGGUAGGAAUAAUGCUUUUCCAAAUGCAGAUAAACCUCUUGUUCCCGAGACAAAGCCUUUGAAGUUCGAUGAGGUCUCACAGAGAUUAAUGGAUCAAAUGGGCUAUACCCUCGAGAUCAAACCAUCCGUAAUACCUCACAAAGACGCUGGUCAAGGAUGUUUCAUCAAAGGCGAAGCAGAUGUUGGAACUGUCUUAGCCUUUUACCCUGGAGUUAUUUACUCUCCUGCUUUCUACAGGUACAUUCCUGGGUACCCGAAGGUUGAUUCACAGAACUCAUAUCUCAUCACAAGGUACGAUGGAACUGUGAUAAAUGCUCAGCCUUGGGGUCUCGGGGGAGAAUCUAGGGAAGUAUGGACUGGUUCCUACACACCUCCGGUCAUAGCAAACACCAAAACCGCAGAAAACGGUUCAGACAGGUUAUGGAAAGUGUUGAGCAAGCCACUCCAAGGUUCAGGUAAAGCAAAAGAGAUUCUUGAGAGGAGAAAUCCAUUGGCUUUUGGUCACUUAGCUAACCACCCGGCAAAAGAAAUGAUUCCAAACGUUAUGAUAUGUCCCUAUGACUUCCCCUUGAUGGAGAAAGAUAUGCGGCCUUAUAUUCCAAAUGUAUCUUUUGGGGAUUCUGGAGAAGUGAAGAUGAAGAGAUUUGGAACCUUCUGGUUUAAGACAGGAAGUAAUAAUGAGUUAGAUGCUCCGGUUCUGAAGACACUGGUUUUGGUAGCGACGAGGGCAUUGUGUGAUGAGGAACUACUGCUGAAUUACAGGCUGAGCAACUCUAAGAGACGACUGGAUUGGUAUACCCCAGUUAAUGAAGAGGAGGAUCGGAGAAGAUGGAGCUAA